GCGGUGAGGGCAGCUUGACCGCGGUGAGGGCAGCUUGACCGCGGUGAGGGCAGCUUGACCGCGGUGAGGGCAGCUUGACCGCGGUGAGGGCAGCUUGACCGCGGUGAGGGCAGCUUGACCGCGGUGAGGGCAGCUUGACCGCGACGAGAGAUGAAUCUGGUGGCGACGGUGAUGCUGUUGUGUCUGGCGUCGUGCACCUCUGGCCAGAGGUUCCUGAGUAGCUUGAGCUCUCUGGGAGCCGGAACCAACGAGGCGACGGAGGAGCUGGUGCGGGUCCUGCAGCCUGAUAACAUCCCACGCUUCGUGGGCUGCCUGCUGCGGGAAGCCGGGUACGAGGGCUGCGACAAGAGGGGCGACGCCAUCCGAGUGCUGAUAACGGUGUUAGACAGCCAGGACUUCGCAUGCAGCAACUGCAGUAAUAGUACCAUCGACCAGAUGUGCCUGAUCAAGAACAGCCUCGUGGUGAUCCCUGAACAGUGCAGGAAGCUGAAGGAGGGCCUGAAGCUCAUCAAUGACAUCUGCGUCCCGGGUAUGGGAUGUGAGAAUGUCCCUCCUGCCGGACAAAGGUUGCUUCAGGGCAACUAGACACAGCAGUGAGGGCUGGCCCAGACUGGCUCGCAAGGAACGAUCACCAUCUCAGCAGAUAACGGAGCAUGAAGGUUAUGCUCUCUAGUUCAGUUGCUUGCCAGGUUAUGUGACCUUUUCCGAGCCGCCAUUUGCAAGAGAUGUGCGCGUGCGCACCUGGACCGCCUCAAGCGAGUUCCCGCCAAACAGCCGCCCAUCCAGUGGCUGUCCUCGCCCGACACCCACACCCUCAACACCUCCCUGUUCUGCCGGCGUCACACCCUUGUGUGUUUGCUGGCUGGCUCUCAUCGUCUCCUUCCUCUACAUUCCGUUCUGUCCAAGCCAACUUCCCGUCAUAAAAACGAAGAUUUUUGAGGAUAUUGUGAUGAAAAUUGAGCAACAGUGUUAUGGACAAAAAAAUAAAAAAAUAAAAAAAAAGUCGUUCUCUCUAUUGUAAUUUCUUUACUCUGAAAAUUGAAUCAGAAAAUUUUCAAAGUAUGAAUGACUACCUAAGCUAGACUUAAUUUUUGUUGCCUCCACAUUGCCAUUGAUGUUGAUGAAAUAAUUAUGUUAAAACUCGAAACAAUGACAAUGGCAACUGAAAAUAUUAGAAACAAAAUGUAAAUUUAGAAUAAUCGAAUUUUCCUCAAUUCGUCUUUAGUCUGAGAAUAAAACUUUAAUAAAACUCA